AUGUCUAUGAAUUAUCAAUCUAUGCACUCUAUAGUUUGGACUUCUGCCAAUACAAGCACAAAUCCAGCCUACUUAUUCCCAACUAAAUCAAAACAGUACAAUAAUAUAAGACAAGACACAAUGGACGCUAAUGUCAAUUAUAACCAUUUCACAUCUUCUGAUGAGGAAGAAUACAACGAUGAUGACGAAGAAGAUAUGGUGGUGGAUUUAAACUCUGGUUCCCUAGAACCUGUUCCUUUACAAGGCUGGAACCUAUUAAGUGAAAUCACUCAAAAGAUGAAAAAGCUUUGA